UCCGUCCGAUUGCCCCCCGACCCCGUCCGUCAGCCGCAAUGCCUCGGACGGUUUGGACGGUCUUCUCGAACCAACAAAAAGACCUAUACUGUCCCACCCGAGAAUGAGCCGGAAGCUCGCCCCCGAAGCCAAUCGGAUUCUCUUUGUAAAGAACCUCAACUACAACGUCACCGCUGAGCAACUCUUUGACCUCUUCGGCAAAUUUGGUCCCAUCCGCCAAAUACGUCAGGGAAUUGCGAACAACUCGAAAGGCACGGCCUUUGUUGUCUACGAAGACGUUCACGACGCCAAACAGGCAUGCGAUAAGCUCAAUGGAUUCAACUUCCAAAACAGAUACCUCGUUGUUCUAUAUCACCAGCCCGAGAAAAUGCUUAGGUCGAAAGAGGACCUGGCGGAAAGGCAAGAGAAUUUGGAGCGUCUCAAACAGCAACAUGGUAUAGAAUGACGUGAUGAUUGCUUUUGUUCGCUUUCUCUGCAUGCCCUUUGUCGGCAUCUGGCUGCGUAUUAUCCUGGGUUGGUCGUGGGGUUUCUGGCGUUUUCCUCCUAUGGGUUUGAUGGCUCUGAUUCAUUCAUGGGUAUGAAAGGGUUGC